AUGGUUAAAAUGGAAGCAUUGUGGACAUCGGCUAAUUCAGAGUUAUUAAGACAUUUGGCGCUUUUAAUUAAAGAAAAAGAGCUAUGGUAUGCAUAUUUAACGCCUUUAGAAGGUGAUAUCUUUCUAAGUUAUCUUGAUGAUCCUAUUCUUUGGGAUGAAUUUAUCCAUUUUAAGUCAAAUGUUACAGGAACUUUAUCAUCAUCGGAAGUUUUAAAGAGGAUUACAGUGUUAUUUCGAGUUAGAUUUAUGCUUUAUGAAAAAGCAAUUGAAUCUCAUAUAUUUUCUGAUACAAGUGAUGUUUUUAAAGUGGAUCAAUCUUUGGUUUUACAAGGUUUAGAUAAUUAUGAAGAAAAAAUGCGUAAAAAGCAUGAUUUUAGAACAGUGAUGGAUUUUGAUGAUAAUUGUUAUGAUGAAGAGGACAAUGAAGAUCAGUUUAGUAGUUUAAAUAGUCUAGAAAAGCUGAGUACAAAAGAAAAUAUGGAUAAAAUAAAUAAAAAAGCAAAUGAGAAAAUUAGGGAAUUUAUUAAUCGUUUUUAUUAUAUACUAGAUGAUGAUGAGAAUGCAAUGGCUGAGUUACAUAAAUUAAAUAUUUCUGACCGAUCUAUGGAUCUUGAUCCUGUAUCUUAUGAUGAGGAUACUACUUCGAAUCUUGAAAUGGAAAACAUGUCAUUUAAGCACCUUUUAUCUGCUAUAGAAAGCAAGCGGUCACUUAUAUCUAUUUCGGACUGUGAAUUGCGCACUCUUUUGUCUGAAGUACGAAAAAGUAGAUCGAAAUGGACUUAUGAAGAUCAUGUUUGUCAAGAGCUUUAUGACGCAGCAAAAAAAGUUGUUCUUGAAUUACGAGCUUAUACUGAACAUUCUACUGCUUUUUUAAAUAAAGUUAGUAAAAGAGAAGCACCUGAUUAUUAUGAUGUUAUUAAAAAUCCAAUGGAUUUGGGAACUGUUAUGAAAAAACUUAGGAAUUUUCAAUAUAAUAGUAAAAAGGAAUUCGUCGACGAUCUUAUGCUUAUUUGGUCAAAUUGUCUUGUUUAUAAUGCUGAUCCUGCACAUUUUCUUAGAAAACAUGCAAUUGCUAUGCGUAAAAAAACAUUGUCUUUGAUUAAAUUUAUUCCAGAUAUUGUCAUAUAUGAUAAGAAUGGACCAGAUGUUGAAAAAAUGAAUUUUAAUAAUAAUGAUAAAGAAAAAAUUGGUGAUAAUGGAAUUUUGAAUAGAUCAAAAACUCAGACACUUACGGUUAAGAAAACUGUAUGUUCUAAACCUGUUAAAUCGAAAGAUUUUGAGACUGAUUUAUCUGAAACACAGUUGUCUAGUAAUAUUAUGGAAACAUCAAACAUUUCUUCGGAGAAUAAUGGGGAAAUGAUUAAUGAUGCUAAUAUUUUUAGCAAAGAAUAUGCUCCGAAAUUUGAAGUUGGAGGUUUAGAUUUGACUCAAAACACUGAAUACAAUGACGACGAUGAUGAUGAUUUAAUAUAUCAAGCAUGGAAAACAUUAACAAAAAAAGCUCGUGCAGAGAUUUGUAGUGCAAGAUACAGACUUUUAAAGGGAGAUAAAUUAAGAGGAAAUGCUGUAGCGAUAUGUAGAAAUUCAAACUUAAUGAUGAAGUUUCAAGAAUGGGAGGCUGGUUUUUCAAAAAAUGGUAAUAUAUUGCAUUAUUCAGAUUGUGAAAUAUCUGAAAAUUUUGACCUUGAAAAAGAUGAUAUUGAUGAAAAAUUGUCUGAAAGUUCCUAUAUGAUUCUUUAUAAUGUUUGUUCUGGUUUACCUAAAAUAUCUGUUAUGAAUGAUGAAUUAUAUGAUUUUUCACCUAAUGCAUUUCAAGAUUAUUUACAUGUCAUAUCUAAUCCACGAUUUUAUCCUCCUUCUCAAGGCAUUUGUCGCAAAAUAUAUAAAAAUAUUGAAGAUUUAAGAAAAAUUAGAAAGCUUUGUAGUAAAGUAUACACAUUAAGAAUGGUACAACAAGCGAGUCCUUUAUAUUAUAAUUGUUUUAAAGCACCUGUAGAACAUAAACCUUUAAAUUUGGAAAUUCCUGAUAAAACUGGUGAUUCAUUUGAUUUUGUAGAAGUAAUGUCAGAAGAGUUAGGAUGUUGUUUAUUAGAAAAAUUUGUUUCUACGUUGUUAUAUCAUGUAGGUUUUGAAGAAUAUCAAAGCAGUGCUUUAGAUACUUUGGUUGAUAUUGCUGGUUCAUUUCUAUUAAAACUUGGGAAAACAUUGAAAUUAUAUUUAGAAAGCAAAUCAAGUAAAACAGCAGAAGAAAAUCUUUUACACGCUCUUUAUGAAAAUGGGAUUUCGAAUAUUUCUUUAUUUGAGACUUAUAUUAAAGACGAAAUAGAUAGAUACAGUAGUAAACUUAACGAUAUCCAUAAGCAAUUGCGAACAUGUCUUACUGAAACAAUAAAAUCUUCAUUAUCUUGUUUUGAUGAAGAAAAAUUAGAAAAUAAUGACUCUUUAAUUCACGGCGAUUUUGCUGAAAAAAUAGGUGAAGACUUUUUUGGAUUUAAAGAACUUGGUUUGGAUAAAGAGUUUGGUCUUUCCUCAUUAUUAGUUCCAUUUCACUUGUUACAAAAUAGAAUGCAACAAGGAAUAGGUGUUCCAAAUCAUGUAAAUAUGAAACGAAAAGUUAAACACAUUCCUCCUCCGCGAUUCGCGCCUAUAACAAUGGAUGUGAUCGAUUGUCAGAUUGGCUUGGUACAGCCGUUUUUAAAGUCGAAGCUAUUGGAAUCUGGUGGAACAGAAUUAAUAGAAGACGAAGACUUAUUUGUGAAACAAAAGCCCCGCCUCCCUUCUAACGGGAAAAUAAUCAGUUCCUUAAAAAAAGUAAAUACAUUCACAUUAAAUCCUUCAAAAAAAAAAAGAAAAUCUUCAGAUGCAAAAAAUAUUUCUGAUCUAGAGAAUUAG